CAAAGUAAAUGUCCUUCAAAGUCAGUUUGUGCAAUGAGAAAAGCUGCUAGUGCUUUCAUUAUCAUAUCAACUUUUGUUUGGAUGACUGAUCUAGUCAUGUUUUUAACUACAUUAUACAUUUCAAGAUUGAAUUUAUUAAAUGAUAUCAAUUUCGAUUACAGUAACAGUGGAACGAACGAUAAUUUCGUCAAUAAAACUCUCCAUAAUAGACCACAAAACUUCGAUCCUACUAUCGAUCCUUCCACUGGUAGACCUUGGCCCCAGUACUAUAUGAAAGCCGAUGGUGAAAUUGUGAGAUACGACGGCUCCUUCAAUCCUACUGGUAUUGAAAGAUUAAUUGUUUACUUACCUUACCAAUAAUGUAGAACUAUGUAUAAAUAAUAAAAGAACUAUGAAACA